CCGGAGCCGGGGGUGUCACAGCAGCCGGGGGUCCCAUGGGUGAGCGCUGCCCGGGGAGCCCGCGCACGGCCCGGAGGGGGCACGGAGCGCCGGGCACGGCCGGUGCCCCCGGGAGGGGUCCCCACGGCUCGGGGGGCGCGGGCAGGGGGCGCGGGGGUCUCCGGGCGGCCGCCCUCAGCCUCGCCCUCCUCUUCCUCCGCGCAGAGGCCGAAGGCUCUGCCCUCUGCCGCGCGGCCGCGCUGCAGAGCACGGUGUUCCGGUACCGGCUGUGGGACGUGAACCAGCGCUCGCUGUACCUGCGCGGGGGGCAGCUGCUGGCCGGGCACCUGCAGGGCGCCAACGCCGCGCUGGAAGAGAAGGUGUUCUGGGUGCCCAACCGCGCCCUGGAGCCCGCGCGGCUGCCGGUGAUCCUGAGCGUGCGGAGCGGCUCCCGCUGCCUGCGCACCGAGCGCGGCCCCGGCGGGGACCCGCGGCUGCGCCUGCAGGACGUGGACAUCCGGGAGCUGCCCCGCGCCGGUGACAGCGCUGUCGCCUUCACCUUCUUCCGCUCCUACCGGGACGGGCUGUGGCGCUUCGAGUCGGCCGCGCACCCCGGCUGGUUCCUGUGCACGUCCCCGCGCGGCCACCAGCCCCUGGCGCUCUGUCGCCACCGCGAUGUCACCUCCCAGCUGCUCGACUUCUACUUCCAGCUCUGCUGAGCGCCCCCGGGCCCCGCGCGGCGACAGCCGAGCCCCAGGGUGGUGGCAUCUUCCUGGGGAGGGUGGCAUCACCCCCAGCACGGUGACACCCCCCUGGGGAGGGUGGCAUCACCCCCAGCACGGUGACAUCCCCCUGGGGACGGUGGCAUUCCCCUCAGCACGGUGACAUCCUCACCGCAGGGUGGUGGCAUCUUCCUGGGGAGGGUGGCAUCACGCCCAGGGUGGCGACAUCCUCGCGCAGGGAGGGUGACAUCCUCGCUCCUCGGUGACGUCUUCCCCAGGACGGUGACAUCCAGCCGGGACCGUGCCAUCCCCCUGGGGACAGCGACAUCCCUCCCCCGGGGUGGUGCCACCCUCCUGGGGACAGUGCCAUCCCCUCGGGGACAGCGACAUCCGCCCCGGACGCCGGUGCGGGAAUAAAGAGAUGCCGAGGC